CAUUUCGCGCAUUUCUCCAAGACAUAUAGAGUCACACUCCAAGACUCAAUUGAAUAAAGAAAAUAAAGGCGAACCCCAAUUCACAAGACCUGAGCGCGGGCUGCAAAUUAAAGCUCCCAUUUGCAGGGUUCAACGUUACCUUUUAGUUGAGGCUCGCACCCUUCAGACGAGAGUGUACAAGGUCACCGGAAUCGCGGGAUUUUCGUCUUCCGUGCCUCAGAGAAACCAGUUAACGAUUCCUGUAUCACACCUAGCACACAGCGCCCUAUUAUGCCCUUUGUUUUGCGAGUAAAAUUAUUAAUCAGUAGCAACCUCACGAUCAAUAUAUUAUUACUUACCUCAUGGUCAAGAAGAACAGGAAUGCUAUAAAUUAAGUAAUGGAGAAACACGCGAGUCUCAUAGACCAACAGAAUUAACCGCGCCGCGCAACUAUGAAAUAAAAUGAGCGCCGACUCGCUCAUUGGUCGGGCCCAUGGCGCAUGCGCUGAUCGAUCCACGCUAGCCCCGUGUUCCCGCCUUCCGAUCAAAACGAUCAGAUGGGAGCUUGGGCUCAGAGCAGACCGAACUCCCCGCAACAAAGUCAACUCUCUUUGGUGUCGGGAAGCGGGGGCGCCGGAGAAUGAUUCCUUCAUUUAAAAUAUUACCGUUCGUUUCUUUUGGGCAGACGUCCACUUUCUCUUUAAUAUUUUAUUUGUGCGUAAAGAUGACAGGGGUUUUGGAGGUCCUGGGUUGAAUCAUCGCCUGUAGUCGAUAUCUACUCAUUUUGUUCGCUGGAAAGUAGGCGUGAAACUUUUUCGACGGUAUCGCAUCUCUGGCGAAGGCAUGAAGCCGAAAAAGGCGCGCCGCUGGGAUCUUUUGACAAAACACGAGCCUUAGGGCAUGAUCUCGAUGGGACAGGUCGAUGCCAGAUCCCAGUACCAGAUCCCCUUGAGACAGGUCCCUAUGCCCAUGCGACAGGUCCCUGAAGCUACGUGAGUACUGUCGGCCGCUAGUCCUCAUGGCUGAUAACCAGACGUACCAUCACGGUACGCACGCCUCUAGUGGCCCCGAAAACGCGUCUUCGCCGAGUUUUCCGCUGCCCGACGACCUGACCUUCAACACCCUGUCCCUCGUUCAAGUCAUCGUGUACUCGGUGCUCUUCGUCGCGGCCGCAGCUGGCAACGUGUCCGUGUUCUUCAGCCUCUUCGGCGAGAGACACCGCAAGUCCAGGAUCAAGCUGAUGAUUCUGCAUCUGGUUGUGGCCGACCUAAUCGUCACCUUCGUCAUGAUUCCGCUGGAGAUCAUCUGGAGGCUCACCGUGCAGUGGACCGCGGGCAACGUCAUGUGCAAGGUGAUGCAGGUGCUCAGGGCGUUCGGACCCUAUCUGUCUUCGAUGGUGCUCGUGUGUAUCAGCGUGGACCGCUACUUCGCCGUGCUGCAUCCGUUCAAGGUGCACGAUGCUCGCCGAAGGGGAAGGAUGAUGCUCGCCGCCGCCUGGUAUACCAGCUUGGUGUGCAGCUCCCCACAGCACGCCUCAUACCCCUCCCGAGAUCCCAAGAAGCCGACGCGUCACCCAAGUUAAACUUAUGCGAUGUGCCACAUGACCAUAUAAGAACACGCCUUCAUCUUCCGGGUGAUGGAGCACCCGGCCAUGCCGGGUUUCUACCAGUGCGUCACGUUCGCCUUCUUUCCGUCGCCGUGGCACG